UGCGUGUUUAUUUGCAUUUGUAUCUUUGACAAUGGCAGUAACAGUGACGGAUGAGGAUAUACGCAAUGUUCAAGACAAGUUAUUUGACUGGGAACGGUCUGAAAAUCCUGUAGCCCCCUUGACAAGUGACCAGAUAGAUGCCCUCCAAGAUUUAGAAGAAGAAUUCAGUAAAUUUGAAUUUUUUGGUGAUUUGUCUAUAUCUCAAGAAGAUGACUUACACCAGUCGGCGUUAAAUGUUGUACGUCAGUCCGAUGGCGACGUGGGAAAGUGUUUUGUUAAUCUACUACAGAGCAAGUCCAGGAUAGAAACUACACGACAGUUUCUGUCUUGGUAUUCUGAUGUAGAGGAGGAACUUCUACACGAGGAGGAUGUCCAGUACACACAGUUCAUGAAACAGCUAACUGAGCGAAAAGAUGAGUGCACUGUACUCUUGACACAGAUAGAAGCUGCACUUGGAGACCUAACUCAUCUUACUGGCCAAUACCAGUCUGUUUCAUCGAGAACAAAUUCACUUCAUCAAGUGAGUGAGCAACUUUUGGCUGACCAGGUGACAUUGAAUGGACUUUAUGAAGAAGUGAACAAAAGGUUGCAGUAUUUCACAUCUGUUGACAGCCUUUCCAGCCGACUGGCAUCACCGACAUUGUCAGUAGCGAGUGAUGCUUUUGUAGAUAUUUUAAAUCGUCUGGAUGAGUGCAUAGAGUACAUGACUGUUCAUAUUAAAUGGAAGGAAUCUAACACAUAUCUUGUUAAAUAUAAGCACUGUUUAUCCAGAGCAAUUGCGCUGAUGCGUUCAUAUGUGAUUGAUGCAUUCCAACAUGCCACUCAACAAGUUUUGGCUCCAAGAGCUGUUGGUGGUAAUCAGACAGAACAGCUAGAGAGAGAUACUUCAUUUGCUUUGUGUUAUGGUAAAUUUCAAGCAUCAGCACCUAAAGUCAAGCAAGUGAUAAUCCAAAUUGAGGAAAGAGUUGCAAGAAAUCAAGAAUACGAAAGUUUACUCGCAGAAUGCCACCAUAGCUACUUUUCACAGCGAGAACAGUUGCUGGGAACUGGAGUCGCCACCGCAGUUAGUGAGCUGGCAGGACAGCAUCGUGGUGACCACUGCUCCCUCGUACGCAGCGGGUGUGCUUUCCUCGUACAUGUGUGUCACGACGAGUACCAGCUGUUCUAUCAGUUCUUCACUCUCCAUACACCACAGCUCACAACGUACCUUGAGGGUCUCUGUACAUCAUUGUAUGAUGUACUCCGGCCAUUUAUUAUCCACAUAAAUCAUCUGGAAACAUUAGCAGAAGUUUGUAGCAUAUUGAGACUGGAAAUGUUGGAGGAACAUGUUCAAAAUAACCCUGGUCCUCUGGAAGCAUUUUCAAAAAUUGCAUGGCAGCUGCUGCAGGAUGUGCAGGAGCGUCUGGUGUUUCGUGCCCAUUGUUACCUGCAGUCUGAUAUCUUACAGUAUCGUCCUGCACCUGGAGAUCUCGCCUACCCUGAGAAGCUAGAGAUGAUGGAGAGUAUAGCCCAGUCACUGCAAGAUCAGACUCCACAGUCACUGAGGCGUUCAGACUCGAGGUCAUCCAUCGUCUCUGUAGGUUCUGCAACAUCUCAAGAAGUUGCACGCAUCAACAGUGACAAUACAGUAGAACAACCUCGCUCGAGAACGGGUAAUUCGCCAGCAGAUCUGCAUGGAAUGUGGUACCCAACUGUUCGAAGAACACUAGUUUGUCUGUCUCGUCUCUACCGCUGUGUUGACAGAACCAUUUUCCAGGGUCUUUCGCAGGAGGCAUUGUCUGUGUGCAUCCAAAGUGUGGCAUCAGCAUCACAAGCAAUUACUGCAAGAAAGAGUCCUAUUGAUGGUGAACUUUUCCAAAUAAAGCAUUUACUCAUCUUAAGAGAGCAGAUAGCUCCAUUUCAAGUUGAUUUUACCAUCAAGGAAAUGAGUUUGGAUUUUAGCAAAAUGAAAACUGCAGCUUUCAGCCUUCUACAAAAGAAGCGCCGCCUGUUUUCCCUGGGGACAAAUAAUGCACUGCUUGAGUUCUUGUUGGAAGGCACACCCCAAGUGAAGGAACAGCUGCUAGAUUCUCGAAAGGAAGUAGACCGUCAGCUUAAAGCAUCCUGUGAGGCUUUUAUAAAUCACGCCACAUCACAGUUGGCGGAUCCAGUUCUUGCAUUUCUGCAGAAGGCACAAGUAUUCUCCAGCAUGAGUGCAGAAGUACAGAAUGUAAAACUCUCACAACAACCAUUUGCGCAACCAGCAGCAGUUAGUGAAAUUGUUGCUGAGACAAAACGUCUUAUAAAAUCAAAACUGCCAAAUGUCCAGCGCAGCAUGCAGCUCUACUUGGCAAACCGGGAGACUGAGUUCAUACUUUUCAGGCCAAUAAAGAACAAUGUGUUAGCAUUAUUGGCACGCUUGGAGCAGAUUCUUGCAAAUGGCGGAUACUCGGCUGAAGAUCUCUUAGUAAUUGCUUGUCCUACACCAGAACAGGCAGCUGUCCUCCUUUCAUCAGCAUCAUUGAUGCCUGGAGAUUCAGUUCGUGAGGAGCAGCUUGAUGCAACAACGUAGUGCUGAUAGCUGCUUUCAUGUACUCUUAUAUAAGCCAAAUUUAUCUUUUUUGCUAGUGAAUGUUGGUUAUCUCAAAAGAAUGAUGAGAAUUAAUACACAUGAAACUAAAGAACCAA